AUGGACUUUGGUGACUGGCUAGAGGCUGCUGCGGGGGAUAUCUUCCACUGGUUGAAAGACGCGUGGGACGAGGUGGUGCAGUUUGUUGUGGCGGUGGCUGAUGACAUCUACCACUUUCUGGUUCAAAUCAAGGAUCAGAUCUACCAUGCCGUGCUGGAUUGCUAUAACGCGAUUUCCGGUGCGAUUGAGUUUGUCCUGAACAAAAUCAAAGUGGCUUUUGAGAAGCUGGUUGCUUGGCUGGGAUUCAUUUUUAACUGGAGCGAUAUCAAGCGCACGCAUCUUGUGCUGAAGAACAUCAUCAAGCAGUACACGAACCAGGUGGUCAACUCUAUUGAUACUGUGCAGGGGGAUAUCAACACCGCAUUUACUAACCUUGAGCAAGCCGUAAAUGAAGGCAAUGGAUCACUGGCGCAGCAAAGUUCACAGAUUCCUGGGAAUAAUACUCCUCAGUCUAAUUGGGCGAUUCAUCAUACGAAGAAUGGCCAGGGUGUGGCGACCUCGAGCUACAGCGAGCCGACAAAUGAUCCCUCUACCCUAGCGGGAAUCCUGGAUGACCUUAAAACCUUCUUUGACAACGAAGGGGACGACGUGCAAGAUAUGGUGAAUCAGAUCAAGGUAAACUGCGCCGAUAACUUCUCCAACUUGACUCCAGUGCAAGUCAUACAGCAGAUCAUGGCCAUUCUCGCCGAGUUUGUCCUCAAAUCUGCGCAAAACAUCAUCACCACCGUCAUUGAUGUUGCCAAGCUGCUCAUCGAUACUGUCCUCGGUUAUUUGGAUGCUCCUCUGGAUAUCCCAAUCAUCUCACCACUCUACAAGCAAUAG